AUGUUUUACGUUCCACCCCUGGCUAAUCCUUGCUGCCCAGCUUAUCUUUCAGUAACUCAAGUGACACAAUCCACGGCCAAUAUCAGCUGGUCUCCUGGGACUGGUGCAAAGGCAUACAUAACCAUUUUGGAAUCAGACCAAAGACAAGCCCGGUGUCGUACCCUCCAAACCUCUUGCCUCCUGGGGUGCAUUACCUGUGGAACUAACUACACUGUAACGGUCCAGGCAGUUAGUGAAACAGGUUUGAUCUCUGACUGCACAUACAAAGGAUUUUCUUCUAGUCCUUGCUGCCCAUCUGGGGUGAAAUUAUACAGACUGGGCAACAACAGCAUCAGAGUAUAUUGGCGCACUUCGAAAGAAUCCAUAAAUUACAGCACAAAUCUGUAUGGCUCGAAAAGAAAUUUCACCUGUAUAUCCGUCGGAGCCCUGACAUACUGUGACAUCACAGAGAUACCCUGUGGGGACGUCUAUAUGGUGGAAGUGUCACCUCUAAUUGAUCAUAAUAGGGCAAAGAUUGCAUUUUGUCCUAAGAAAAUGUAUUCAGUGACAUGUUCUGGAAACUCCGUAGGAAUGGUGAUUUACAGAGGAAGAAGUGCAGAUCAGCAUCAGGUGCUGAGCGAAAAAACUGAAACAAUCCCGUAA